AUGCGCUGGGUGCGCCACGACGCGCCGGCCCGCCGCGGGCAGCUGCGACGCCUGCUGGAGCACGUGCGCCUGCCCCUGCUGGCGCCCGCUUACUUCCUGGAGAAGGUGGAGGCCGACGAGCUGCUGCAGGCCAGCCGCGAGUGCCGCCCGCUGCUGCUCGAGGCCCGCGCCUGCUUCAUCCUGGGCCGCGAGGCUGGCGCGCUGCGGGCCCAGCCGCGGAGAUUCAUGGACCUAGCUGAAGUGAUCGUGGUCAUCGGUGGUUGCGACCGCAAGGGGCUCCUGAAGCUGCCCUUCACCGACGCCUACCAUCCAGAGAGCCGGCGCUGGACCCCACUGCCCAGCCUCCCAGGCUACACGCGCUCAGAGUUCGCUGCCUGUGCUCUCCGCAAUGACGUCUAUGUCUCUGGAGGCCACAUCAACAGCCGUGAUGUGUGGAUGUUUAGUACCCCUCUGCACACCUGGAUCAAGGUGGCCUCGCUGCUCAAGGGCAGGUGGAGGCACAAGAUGGCAGUCAUGCAGGGGCAGCUGUUCGCGGUGGGUGGCUUCGACGGCCUUCGGCGCCUGCGCAGUGUAGAACGCUACGACCCCUUCUCCAACACCUGGGCGGCGGCGGCACCCCUCCCCGAAGCCGUGAGCUCCGCUGCAGUGGUGUCCUGCGCGGGCAGCAUCUACGUGAUCGGGGGCGCUGGGCAGGACGGCGUCAGCACAAACAAGGUGCAGUGCUUUGACCCCAAGGAGGACCGGUGGAGCCUGCGAUCACCAGCACCUUUCUCACAGCGGUGUCUCGAGGCUGUCUCCCUUGAGGGCAGCAUCUAUGUGGUGGGGGGCCUCAUGAACAAAAUAUUCACCUAUGACCCUGGCACAGAUGUCUGGGGGGAGGCAGCUGUCCUCCCCAGCCCCGUGGAGAGCUGUGGCGUGACUGUGUGUGACGGGAAGAUCCACAUCCUUGGUGGGCGGGAUGAUCUCGGGGAGAGCACCGACAAGGUCUUCACCUUUGACCCCAACAAUGGGCAGGUGGAGGCCCAGCCGUCCCUACAGCGCUGCACCAGCUCCCAUGGCUGCAUCACCAUUAUUCAGAGCCUGGGCAGGUAACUCAGACUUGAAUAGCCUGAGCCAGGAAGCAGAGAAAGGAGGGUUUCAGGCUCACCACGGCUCCCCUCAUGGUACCUCCAUGUAAAUAGCCCCUUAAUUUAUUGCCCCCCUUUCUUGUAGAAAUAAAACCUCCUUUAAGAUUGGGUCUGUGUUCCAGCUCAAGCCUCCUUUGUCUGGAGAAGUAAUGCCCAGUAUCUGCUCCCUGCUUUGACUCUUUACAAAGCUCCUUCAUAUGUUACCUUGUUUACCUUCAAAAUGGCAGUGUGGAUAUGUUUUAAAAAUUCUGAAAUAUUUCAUGCAUAAAAAGUAUAUAUUUUUGUACAGUUUAAGAAUUACAAUAAAAUCUGUUUCCACCAUCUAGCUUAAGAAAUAGAUUG